AUGACGAAACAAAGUCCACAAUUUACCUGCGACCUUUGCAAAAAGGUCUUUGACAAUGAAACGAGGCUCAGGGCCCACCAGCAGAGAAUACAUCAUCAGAGACGCCAGCUACAACCAUGCAGUUACAGAAGGAUAUUGCCCAAGCCACCUGGCUUCAUUGACAACACUGAGAGCCUUGCCAUAUAUCCUGCGACAAAUCUAAAUCAAUACAUUACCUCCCCUCGUUUCCCAUAUCCCAGCAAGCCCCCGAGCCGACCGAUCUCUCCAUUGUCCCUGGACUACAAAUUUUCGACAAUCCAUGGCAGCAAUAUCAUAACAAGUACCCCCUCAGUGGAGAACCUAAGAAAAAUACCACCAACACAGCCCGCCCCAUCUUGGAAAUCUCCUACGUGGAGUGAAAUUGAACAUACCAUCGACCGUAACAUACUCUUCGACCCCACGAGCGUGUCUCCAAAGACGGCGUCGACAUAUUCAAAUGGUCUUAACACCACCCUCUCUUUCUCCCCGAGUGUAAUGCACUACGAGGACAGCUUCCAGGCCGCCUCCUUUACCGAAGGAGCACCACGCACGUGUAUAGACAACUGCGACAUCCCGUUGCCGAGUAUUGAGUCGCCCGACCGAGAGUAUGUGGCUGCAGAUGACACAUUCCGGUCGUGCCUCGAUACACUUGAGUCAUUCAAAGAGCUGACGGAAUGGGAUCUCAAUGAGCUAUAG